AUGUCGAACCCGUUCAUCGUAAAGCGAGAGGAACAAAAUGAAUAUGCUAGAUCUAUCUUCAGGGACAAUUUAAAGGGGUUGGACGCUUAUGCCAGGCAUAAGAAGUUUAUGAGAGAUUAUGUACAUUUCUACGGAAACCGCACAACUACGUCUACGGCGUACACAGUUUCGAAGACAGAGCUUGACAUUCUGAAGGAGAAUCACAAAUUUCUUCGAACAGCCGACGACGACGAGAAUAUGUCCUGGGAACAGCGGGUUGCAAAGAAAUAUUAUGAUAAAUUGUUUAAGGAAUAUUGUAUAGUGGAAUUAAAGUACUAUAAGCAGGACAGGAUUGCUUUGCGAUGGAGGAUUGAAAAAGAAGUUGUAUCGGGAAAAGGACAAUUUAUUUGUGCGUCAACGAGGUGUUCGGAAAGAGAACAUCUGCGCUCGUGGGAAAUUAAUUUCGCAUACGUUGAAGACGAUCAGAAAAAAAACGCUCUAGUAAAGAUUCGACUUUGUCCUUCCUGUUCUAACAAGCUUAACUAUGGAAAGAAGCACAAAGAAGUACAAAGCAAGUCGAAGGAUGUCAAGACGGAGAAACGGAGGAGAGAGGAAAAUGAAGACAAUAAUAAUGAUAAAGCAGAGAUAAAAAGAGAAUCAGAAGACGAAUCGAGUGCAACAAAUAAGGAAGGAAGUGGUAUGGACAAGAAACGAAAAUACACGCAUGAACUACCAGAUUCAAAAGAAGAGUCCUCUAAUAUAUGGAGCCAACCUAUAAUACCAGAGAUAGAAAAGACUACAUCAGAAGAGUAUGAUGAAUUUUUUGCAGGCUUAUUUGAGUAG